GUAUGUUUUGCUUUUCCGUUGUAAGAUGGCGCAGUAUAUUGACGACUUCAGUUUUGUUUUAAGCGCUCUGAUUGUGAUGUAGUAUAGGUACUACGAAUUGUUAUAGUCACUGUAAAUGACAUUUUCAGAACAAUUUAAACCUACUAUUUACACCACAUACUAAUCAUACAGAAUGUUUUUAAUAUAAAAUUUAAGUUAGACUACAAAUUUAUGUGAUUUCCUGUGCACGAGGUAUUUGUAGUUUGUGGCAAGAGGCUUAUACUGUUUUCAUCUCUUGAUCUGUGUUAUAAUCAGUCGAUUUGACAUUGUGGUGUUAAAGAAAUAUGUGUAUGUACCCACAUAAAUAUUAUAAUAAUCGGUUGGUAUGUUUCAAACAAUCUGUAGUAAGGAGUUAUAUGAUGAGUUCGUUCGUACGGAUCCUGAGGAAAUGUGAGGUUAAGUGUAUAUAUAGCUAUCAUAUUUAUCUAGAAAGUGAAGUAAAAAAUUAUCGCUAGUUAUGGUGUGUAUAAAUUGCCCGCUGUGCUGUAAGCACGAACUUCAGUCCUUUAGCGAACUAAAGGAACAUUUAACUCAUUAUGCUGCCGGUUUCUUGCAAUGUCCUCUGUGCGACCAUAGUAGUACUGGACUAGAGAAAUUAAUACUGCAUUUAAAUGCACACGAUAUACAAUGUGAAGAACAUGAGGAAAAGGAGAAAAUUUACGCGAUUGGAGAAAACUUUGAGAAUGAUAUAAUAAAAAAUGAUGGGCAAGUGGAAAUUGCAGCAGAAACCAUAAGUUCUUGCAAUAUUACAGAAGGUGAAAUGGUCAUUGUGACAGAGUGUGAAGUGGCCAGUGUGAUAGAAUGCGAAGAGGCAAACAUGUUAGAGUGUAAUGUGACAAAUGUGGAGCAUUAUAAUGAACAUCUUCAAAAUGAUGUUCAGGUGCAGAUACAGGAAUGUAUGGAACAAAUGCAGGAGUGUUUAAAUAAUGCAAACAAUUUACAUUCAGUUAACCAUGUGACAACAGAUUAUUCCCCAACAUUUGCAGUAGAUAAUGACCAAGAGACAAAAGAAGGCAACAUGGAAGUGUCCAGCAAGGCUAUGACUAGUGCAAGUGAUGAAUCACAGUAUACCUGUGGAAUGUGUGGAAUCAAUUUAAAAACAAUGGAUUUUCUUGAAGAACAUGCAUUAAACGUUCAUGGAAUAAAAUACAUUGUUAUCGAGGGAAGUAACGGAGAUUCAUUUGGAAAACAUGCAGACAAUGCUGUACUUGAUUCUUUCAAUGGUCAACACAUAGAGCUGAGAGAAGGAAGGCCUAAAGAAAUCUGUGCUCCAAAAUUUUGCCCCAAAACUCGACUUCGUUGGAUCCUGCCAAAACCUUUAACCAAAGAAACCAAAGACACUGUCCUCUUUUGCAAUAAAGUAAGUGAAACUAAUAGAAUUGAUUGCCAUCUGUGCGGCAAGCAGUUUGAGAAGCAGAGCAAGUAUGACAUUCAUAAAUAUGUGCACCUGGACCGGAAACAUUGGCCACUGGCAUGCCCUUUGUGCCAGAAACAUUUCAUCACCAAAAGUGCCUACAUUCGACACCUUCUGAGCGUGCAUGAAGUAGAUAAGACUCCAUCAAUUCUAAAAAUUAUUGCAAAGUCUGUACCUUGUGGUGUCUGUGGUAAACACUAUAAGAAUGCUGGCCAUCUCAGAAGACACGUCAUCGUUCAACAUGAAGCAUCUGGAGAAGCUUCAACAAAAGCCAUCAAGUGUGAGCAGUGUGAUAAACUGUGUUCGUCCGAAGGAGAGCUCCAGCGACAUGUGGAUCGCAUCCACCUGAAGGUACGCCGAUGUCUGUGCACUGUGUGUGGAAAGAAGUUCUUUGAUGGUAGUGCUCUCAAGGCCCAUUCAAAAAUCCACUGGGAAGUCAAGCCUUACCCUUGUGGAUACUGCGAUAAACGAUUUGCAGACACAUUUGAAGUGAAGCGUCAUGAGAGGGGACACACAGGUGAGAAACCCCAUGUGUGUGAGAUAUGUGGAAAGGCAUUCCGUCAGGGCUACUUCCUGAAUGUCCAUUUGCGUAGCCAUACAGGUGAGAAACCGUAUGGUUGUAACAUCUGUGGAGCGGCAUUCACAUGCAAGUCAACGCUGCGAAAUCAUAAGCUCAUUCAUGUGGAUGUGAAGACAUUCGACUGUACUCACUGCCAUAAGUUAUUCAGAACAUCUGUACAGCUUUACAACCAUGUGAGACUUCAUACACGUCCUUUCAAGUGUGAAGUCUGUUCCAAGGGCUUCAGCUCACGCGUUAUCCUAAGCAGACAUGUGCGGACACAUGAGAAGAACUACAAGUGCCAAAAAUGUGGUACUGAAUUCACUGCUUUGCUUAAACUCAGUAAGCAUGAGAAAGAAUGUUGUGUUCUUGUAAGUAACAUUACAUAUGAUCUGUCCCUUUCUGGGUAAAGAAAUGGUUCCUCUUUUAUAUAUGUAUAUAUAUAAUUUUCAUGUAAUUUCCUGUUAUAUAAGUUUGCAAUACAGAACAAGUUGCAUAUGGGGGUGGUUUUGUUUUCUUGCUUAAUGGUGCCUUGAAAUAUUCAGUGGCUGAGGCUUAGUUGUACUGGUUACAGCCACAAAAAUAUUUUCCUUUAUUUAGACAGACCUUUGUACACAUUCCUCAUAUUUAUCCAGAAUUAAAUAUAUAUUACAAACCACUGGAAAUUCUUUGAAUUUGAGGUCCACACAGUGGUGACCGUGAAAAGUACAGUCUUCUGGGAUUCAAUGCAGUGUAUUCCAGUAGAAGUUCACAGACCUGAAACUCAAAUUAGUAGAAGCAAUGUACAAUACCAUAAAUUCAAGAUGCAGGACUAUAUAUUUGAUAAAGGUAAAGCUAUC